AUGGCGUCGGCUGAAGCAUCGCAGAAGAAGCCCGUCAUCAUUGUCGGCGCAGGCCUCGCCGGCCUCGUCGCCGCGUUUGAGCUCGCUGAGCGCAGCGUGCCCACCAUUAUCCUCGACCAGGAGAACCGCGCGAACCUGGGCGGCCAGGCAUUUUGGUCGCUCGGCGGCGUCUUCAUGGUGGACUCGUCGCGGCAGCGCCGGCUCGGCAUCAAGGACUCGCGUGCCCUCGCGAUGCGCGACUGGUUCGACUCGGCCCAGUUUGACCGCGAGGUGGAGGAUUACUGGCCGCGGCGCUGGGCCAAGGCAUUCGUCGACUUUGCCGCCGACGAGAUGGAGGCGUAUGUAGGCGCCCGCGGCAUGGGGUUCGUUUUCAACGUCGGCUGGGCGGAGCGCGGCGCGGGGCGCGCUGACGGCCACGGCAACUCGGUCCCGCGCUUUCACCUGACGUGGGGCACAGGGCCUGAAGUCGUCCGCGUCUUUCAGGAGCCGGUUGUCGCGGCGGAGAAAAAGGGAAGUGUUGUAUUUAAGUUUAGGCACCAGGUGGACGAGGUGAUUACGGACGAGAGCGGGAGGGCGAUUGGUGUGAGGGGAAGCAUUCUUGAGGAGGACGAUUCGGCGCGUGGCAUCAAGUCGUCGCGCAAGGUCAUUGACAGUUUUGAGAUUUUUGGCUCCUCUGUGCUCGUUUCAUCCGGCGGCAUCGGUGGAAACGUGGAAGCAGUCAAAAAGGCCUGGCCAGUCGAUCGCCUGGGACCCAAGGUUCCUGAGCACUUUGUCGUCGGCGUCCCUGCGCACGUCGACGGCCGCAUGAUUGACAUUGCCGAGACGGCCGGCGCCAACGUCAUCAACCGCGACCGCAUGUGGCACUACACGGAAGGCGUGCAGAAUUGGAACCCUAUCUGGCCCGGCCACGGCAUCCGCAUCCUGCCCGCGCCAUCAUCCCUCUGGCUCGACGCGACCGGCAAGCGGCUGCCGCCAUUUCUCUUUCCCGGCAGUGACACUCGCGCGACGCUCAAGCACAUUUGCAGCACUGGCUACGACUAUACCUGGUUCAUCCUCGAUCAGACCAUUAUCGCGCGCGAGUUUGCGCUGUCCGGCUCGGAGCAGAACCCCGACAUUACCAACAAGAGCAUCUGGCAGACGCUCACGCAGCGCAUCUUUAGCAGCAAGGGCACUGUGCCCGUGCAGAAUUUUCAAAAGCACGGCAAGGACUUUGUUGUGCGCGACACGCUCGAGGAGCUCGUCGAGGGCAUGAACGCGUUGGCGAAAGAGCGCAACGGCCCGGCGCUCGAUAUCGCGGCGAUGCGGGAGGUUAUCGAGACAAGGGACAGCCAGUUUGACAACCCAUACAGCAAAGACGCGCAGGCCAUGCUCAUCCACAACGGGCGCAGCUACUGGCCUGACAAGCGUAGCCGCAUCGCGCCGCCGCACCGGCUGCUCGACCCGGCGCACAAGCCGCUCAUUGCCGUGCGCAUGAACCUGCUCACGCGCAAGUCGCUCGGCGGCAUCGAGACGGACCUCGACAGCAGGGUGAUGCGCGCCGACAAGACGCCGUUUCCAGGGCUCUACGCUGCGGGCGAGGCGGCGGGCUUUGGAGGCGGCGGUGUGCACGGGUAUAAUUCCCUCGAGGGCACCUUUGUGGGAGGGUGCAUCUUUUCGGGGCGUGCGGCGGGCAAGGCCAUGGCGGACGAGUACGAAAAGGCGUAG